AUGGGGAAGACAAAUGGGGGGCGAAGUUGCACGCCCUGGGAAAACGUAAAAACGUUAAAGAACUGCGACGUGGAUUUGUUAUUUUGCCACGACCUGACCAGAAGCAUCCAACACAAAUUCGUUUUCUUCGCACUCAACUUGCUAUGUGUGAGUAAGAAAUACGAACUGGUGUUUAUAACGUACGGCCAAUAUAUCUACGUCUACGAAUUGAAAAGCUUUCUGGAAAACAACAUAAAUAUUAACGUGGACGUAAACUCUAACCCUAACCCUAACGUUGGUGUUGGGCAGAGGAAUGAAAAUGGCAGAGACAACGUUAUUGCCAAUUUCUACAAAGAAGAAAUAAGCCAGAAUGACAGCAGCUUUAAAAACAUAAAUAAAAUAAAGUACGUCCACGAUGAAGUGAAAAAGGAUUUGAGUUUGAAAGCUAUGAACAUUCCUGCACCGACUCUUAUCCUGUCCCCACACGUGUAUUCAAAAGGGUACGUAAAUAUUAAGUGCGAAGAAAGAGACAACUCAGAUAAAUGCAUUCUAAUAUCUGUGGGAUGGUCGGAAGAUACCAGUGUUUAUUAUGUAGAGAAAAUCGUCGAAUGUAUUAACAUAAAGAAGAAAUUAAAACAUAUUUUAGAGAAAAAGUUGUUCGAUUUGAAGAGGUAUGAAGAAAAUGAAACGAAGGAGGCCAUAUAUUUUAACGAUACACAUGCUCCAUGUGACGAUUUAGUUUUUCCAACCUCGUUUAGGGACUCCUAUCGCCUCUUAAAUAAAUUAAAAAUUGAUGAAAAUGAUUUUAUUCUAAGUUUAAUACACAACAAUCAGUAUGCAAAUGGAUAUUCCAAAGAACUUUUAGAAAUGUUUGAGUUAUCCAAAUGCAUCAACAGUUUUGAUCAUAUAAAAAAUAAGGCCAAACAGAGGAGAAGCGCCCGUCUGUAUAGAAUGCAGGUGGAAAAUGAGAGAAGAGUAAACAAAAGAAAAAAGCGCCUUAACGAUCGGGCGUUCAACCAGCACGUAACUGCUAAUCUAAAGAAUCCCCUCUUAAAAACGAAGAAAAUAAAUGUCUACAAGAAGGGGUUCUAUAAAAAAUGUCUCUUAGAAAGGGAGUUCGUCGGAGGGGUAUCAGGAGCAGCGGUAGGAGGAGCAGGUGAGGGGCGCAGUGGCGGCGACCUAACUGUGUACAAACAAAGAGCAUUAAAAAAGGGGCCGUACAGAAUGAAAUACAGCUGCAUAUUGAGGUGUCCAAGGGACGAACCCAUGGGAAAUCCGAAGAGCGAUAGUGCGCAGAAUUCAAACACACCCAUUAACAUUAAUGGGAAAAAGAAAAAAUUUAAAAUUAGCGAUAUUUAUAGUAGCCUUGAGAGCGCGGAGGAAGAUGCAUACAAUACCGGCGACGGAACGGACGAUGGAUUGCUGCAUCGGAAUGAUAAACCCGGGAUGAGGAAAAAAAAAUCAGGAAAAAACAUUAAAAAAAAUCAUCAAGUUAAUUAUUUACUAGGCGAUGAUGCGAAAGAAAUUGAAGAACUCAAUUUUUAUAAAAAAUUGAGGAACAAUGUGUACAUGGGUUACAACCAAAGAAAUAACCACAUGGGACUGAACGACCAAAAUGAAUAUAUUAACUCGAUUAGAGAGGAGAGUGAAUUUGUGAAUACGUAUAUUAAAUCAUCCAGUGAUGAGGAGUGCACAGCACACUUGUCGUCCAAAUUGAGAAUGACCAAUUGUAGCAGGAAAGGAAGCGGCCCGAAGUUUUACCGUCAUGAGCGAUUAAAUAUAUUGAAGAAGGAAAGAAAGAAAUUUGUAAAUUUCUGCAAAUUGUACAUAACACAUGUGCAUUACGAAGAAUAUAGCAAUAAGUUAGAAAAUUUCCUAGACCCAAGUGUCGAUAUCAAGUACAAUAAAAUUUGGAAGCAGUUCAACAUAUUCAGCUUUAAUCUGUUUAAUGUAGAUUACAAUGACAAAAUUUUGAAGUCCGCACAUAUAUACGUGCAACCAGACAUCGUUUUUAACAACAAAACUUACAUUAAGUCGGACACGUCCACGUGGGCCAUUUCGUUUAACUUUACGAAAAAUUUAUUAGCCAUUGGAUCGAACACGCAUAAUAUAAAUAUUUACAAUUUGAACAACUUUUAUUAUUUUAGGAGGAGGUACGAUUAUGAUAAUGCUCUUAACUUUUUUAAGAAUGCAUUUGUACACAGAAAGGUUAAGGUAAAUCGCUUGUUCGUCAACGAUGACAAGGACCCAUUUUAUUUCGAUAGCACUGAUGGGGAAGAGCACUUGGAGAAAAACAGAAAAAGUAGGAAAAGGAAAAAGGAAAGGGAAAAGAAAAGAAAAAGGAAGAAGAAAAAGGAUAAAAGGAAAGACAAAGCGGAGAUAAGGGAAAACAACCAAAAAAAUAAUCGUUUCUCGCCCCACCACCACAGUAGGGAGAAAAAUUGCGAUCAUGUCAUUUAUUUGGAUCAUUAUGAGGAGAGCGAAGAAUCGUCCACCUCGGUGAGCACCAGUGAAAAGGUGAACAGAAAGGGGGAACAGCGCUAUCAGCCAAAUGGUUGCCCCUCACGAAAAGUGAAGAAGAAGAAAGAAGAAGAAAAAAAAAAAAAAAAAAAGGAAGGAAAAAAAAAAAAAAACGACUCAAUAAUUUUUCGUAAUGAAUAUAUUGACCAUAAGGAACGCAGGAGCAGUGGAAUGCCCUGGUCAGACCUCGCCUGGGAGGAAGAAGAACAACAAAAAAGAGGCAGCAUAACGAACGGAGAGGAGGAAGAACCCAUUCGUUUUUAUUCCAGUGACAGUGCCCCCUUUGACCAAUGGAAAGACAAUUCCGUGUUGCAUUUGCUGGAUGGUGAAGACACCAGUACAUGUGCCGCAGAUCAAGUGGGGAGGAAUAACAGUAGCCCAGAUGGACAGAACAAAGCUGAUCAAGAUAUGACAUCUACCCCCCAAGCGAAGGACCUCAUGAGGGGAAUCUUCUCAAUGAAGAACAAUAGUUACGUCACGAAGAUUAGCGUGCAAGACCAUUUUAAGAAGGCUAAUUUGCACAAAGCAGUAUCGUCCAUUCUGCACAGAAGGAGCUACAUUCCGAUUGACCUGGCCCAGUUUUUCCUCAACAGAAAGGAGAAUCUAAAAAAAAUGCUCCUGACCAUAUCAUACAAUUUCCCAAGCGAUGCAAUAAUUUUGUUUCUAAAGCAAGCUUCCAUCGGGGCGGAGAUCUAUCACAUGAAGUGGAACAUUCAUCACAACAUUGCGUCGACAGUUCAUAAGAUGAAGAAAUUAUAUGCCAAAAGAUUUGGCUCCCAAUACUGCCAGAAUUUAAAGUUGUUUCACCCCCAAAUGGUGAUAAUCAACAACAAUAAGUAUUUGAAAAACUGGUACAUCAAAUUUCUGCGCACGAGCAUGCUGAGAUCGGGCGUGCGCAGAGCGGAAGUAUUCAGAAAAAUGUCCAAGAGAAGGAAGAAACAGAGAAGCAACUGGAGGAAAGGGGCCCACAGGGAGAAACGACACAAUUAUUUGGACAUUCUCAAGGGUGACGAAGUGGGGGAAAGGCACCCAGAUGGAGAGCUGCCAGAUGGAGAGCGAUCACUUGAAGGGCCGCCCACUGAACACACCCUCAGCGAAGACAUCGAAGCGGCUAAGGCUGCUUCGGGAGAGGAAAGUACAAUCAGCGAGGAUGAACUCGGUGUGCACAACGUCAUUUACAGAAAGGUCAAAAGUUACAAUAUGUCAAAGGUAGAAAGGAUCUAUGUGCUGUGCGAUUCAUCGAGUGCCUUCCAGCAAGGCUCAAAUGGUAGACUUCGCGACACAAACGUUGAUGAGCAUGAGGAUAAAGUAAUAAAAUGUCACAAACACCUGUACAGCUACAAAAGGGCAAAUAAUGUUUUAAAAAAUAUUAGCAGAAGAUUCAGAAAGUUCAUCAAAGAUAGACACAAUUUUAGCUUUUCUUAUACAAAGUGCCUGUUUUCAAAUGAGCAUUCUAUCUUCGUGGUUCUAGACAAAAGGAGAAACAAAGGUGAACUGCACUGUUAUGACCGCGUUGCGAGGAAAUAUGUGGACGAAUUAAAAAUUGUCGUGAAGAGCAUCCAGAAACAUUCGGCACCGUGGUUGUUUUUAAAGGCCCAGGGGGGCACUCGCACGGGUGCAGCAAUAGAAGAAGUGGGAGCAUCGGUUGAAGCGAAUGGCGCAGCCGAAGGCGCCAAAUCUUUCAACGGAGAGGAAGCCCCCACGAGCGAACAAUCCGCGGUGGAGGAAGAGGCGAACUUUGAUUUUUACAGAAAAACCAUACUAGUAAUUUGCGAGCUGAAGGACCAUAAUAAUAACACGCUGGACAUUGUGCACCUGACGAACGACCCGAGCGAAAGCGGCCAGGAUUUUUUUCAAGGGGGGAAACCCGGAUCGGCAAAGGAAGAUCGCAGUAAUUAUUACUCCCUGCGGUUUGAUGAAGGUGGCACAGUGAAUGGCAAGAAGCAGAGAAUGCAAAGAAACGACCAGCCCAGGAGUAGAAGCGAUGGAAGUAGCAGAAGCGGCAGUGGAAGAGGCAGCGACUCCCCCUCCAGCAAUGCAGAAAAGACAGAAACGAAGAAAAACGAAAAAAAAAAGAUGCUUAAGAAGCAUUAUGGCAGGUAA